CUGCAAUAAUUGAUGUCUGGGAGCCAGUGUCACCCAAUGACAUGGCAAGGUUGGGCGGGACAUAAGAAGAUAAAGGAGGAGCUGCAAGGGCCCUAGCAUAGUGAGGACCAUCUGCCCUUCUGGGCUUCUUUUGAGAUGGUUAUGGAGUUCCGUGUGCCCCUGAAAGGAUUAAUGGGGCUGCUCCUGCUGUGUGCCCUUCCCUGGGCUGAAGGAGCGAAGGUGCUGGUGUUUCCCUUGGAUGGCAGCCACUGGCUGAGCAUGAGGGAAAUUGUGAAGGAGCUUCAUGCCCAUGGCCACCAGCUUGUGGUCCUGGCUCCAGAGGUGACUAUGCGUAUCAAAGAAGAGGAGAUCUUCACCUUCAAAACCUAUGCUGGUCCCUUCACGGAUGAGGAAUAUAAGCAACAAGUGAUGCGAGGCAUUGAACUGGUCCUGGAAACAGGAAACGAUGUGAAGGCACUAUUUGAACUAUAUAAGUUUGUAAAAAACGUAUCAACAAGAUUCCUAAAGUCUUGCACAAAUCUGUUGCACAAUAGGACCCUGAUCCAGCAACUGAACUCCAGUUCCUUUGAUGUGGUCUUAACAGAUCCAGCUUUUCCCUGUGGGGCAGUGCUGGCCAAGUACCUACAGAUUCCUGCUGUGUUUUUUCUGCGCUUCAUUCCCUGUGACAUAGACUAUGAGGCCACACAGUGUCCAAACCCUUCCUCGUACAUUCCGAGACCAUUCACAAGGAGCUCUGAUCACAUGAGCUUCCUGCAAAGGGUCAAGAACAUGCUGUACCCUAUGGCCUUGAAGUACAUGUGUCAUGUCAUUUUCAGACACUAUGGGAGCCUUGCCUCUGAGCUUUUGCAGAGAGACGUGUCCUUGUUGGAAGUUUUCAGCUAUGCAUCUGUGUGGCUGUUCCGGGAUGACUUUUUGUUCAGCUACCCAAGGCCCAUCAUGCCCAACAUGAUCUUCAUUGGGGGCAUAAACUGUGCCAACAGAAAGCCCCUCUCUCAGGUCUGUAUUGAAGCCCAUUAA